AUGAUUUCACAGGAGGACGUAGCUGCCAAGAAUGACCAUCACCAUGAGCAAGAGGAGAGAACCAUCAAGUCCUUCAAAACGUCUUCGUCCUCUCAGCGUCAUCAUCAUGUCAUACAACCCAAAGAUAUUCUCAUAUUUUUACUCAUCGUGUUAUUCAUUUCAUUUUCUCAAUAUGGACUAGGUCAUUAUAUAGUUCGUCGGAAUGAAUUUACAUUAAUGGAAUAUACAGCUGCUUGUUUUGUGAGUGUAUCCGCGUUGAUUGGAGGAUUUCAAUUUUAUUUUAAAGCCCAACAAUUAGCACUUUCAACGUUUAACAAAUCAGAAUAUUUCAAUGUUGAUUGUUUUAUUGAUCGUUACAUUCCCUUCGUGCCUCAUUCCAUUUAUUUAUACUCAUUUGGAGAUUUGUUUAUUAUGGCAUGCAUUAUUCCAACUUCUCCCACGAUGAAUCAUCUCAUACAUAUAUUAUUUGGAUUGAUUAUUGUCACGUUGUGUCAAUGCUUAAUUUUUGUGACACUUCCUUCCAAUGUUCCAGCUCAUUAUCGAACGGAAUUGCAAAAGUAUGAAGCAAAGUUUGGAAAAUUGGAUAAAACUACAAAAUAUCUUUUCGAAAUGAUGCAUCAAAUGGAUCAUGACACAAACACUGUGCCAUCUGGCCAUUGCAGUAUUGCCACUUAUCUAGCGUUAACACAGUGGCAUAUUUUUGGAUAUUUUACCUUAUUGAAUCCAUUGCUGAUUGCAUGCAGUUGUGUCAUGACCAAACAACACGCAUUCCUAGAUACUGUGUUGGGAAUUUUGUUUGGAUUUGUGAUCUUUUUUAUCGUGAAUGUACAAAUGUUUGGAGCGACAAUGUAG